AUGACUGAGCACGACGGCUGUCGUCAGGGCGCUGCUGCGACCCAAUCCAGCCUGGACCCGCUUAGUGUCGCUUUGGGAUCCGUUGCGGACUGCGGCGAAUCACCACCCUCACUUUACGAUGCUAAAACUAUCAUCGCAGACAUCAGAUUCCGUCUUUCGCGUGGACCAUCUGGUGAGGACUGGAAGGAAUAUCGCUUAUCAGGUCAGGAAUGGACAAAGCUGAAGGAUCUCCUUGCUGAACUCGAAUUGGGGCAGAAAGUGUUGUACCACUAUUUCCCUCGAUCCCAAACCUUUGUUCACAAAAUGACUUCUACUCUGCACGGACAUUUCUCCCGGUCGUUCGGCUACCUGCUGCGGGACGCCCUGGUGAUCCUGUGCUGUGAAGCUCAAGAAUCCAAACGCUUCAUGGAUGAGAUUGAUGACUUUGGGGAAAGCCAAAUAACAGGCCUUGGCACCCAUGUACCCGAUGGCUUCUUUGGACACGAAAUGGCAGGGGGUGGUGUUGUUUUUGAGUUCGCCUAUUCGCAGAAGACCAAAAGACUACGAGAGUUGGCGCAAUUCUACCUACUCGAGAGCGACCUUGACGUGCAACUCGUUGUCGGUGUGGACUAUGACUACGUAAAUCGCACUAAGAAGGCUACUCUCCUGAUCUGGAAACGUGACGAGUCGGAUCCUGCUGGCGGCGUCAAGCUGAGGGAAUACGUUGAGGUCGGUGAAAUUCCCCCCUCCCUCUUUGGACAACUUUCUUAUAUUCGUGCUCAGGAGCUGCGAUCCGAAGAUGGCACACCCAUUCCGGGUCCCGAUCUGCAAAUAACCAUGUUCGACCUAGCCCCUCCCGACUGCAUCCCCCCUUCCCUCCGUCAUGCGACAAUCAACCUUUCGGUCGAGGAUAUCUGUGAAAAGAUCCAGAAGGCCGAAAAAGCCCAGGAGGCUCGACACCAAAAGGCCAAAGAAGCUCAGGAGGCUCGACGCCAGAAGGCGCGCUCUUUGAGGAAUAUGGUACCUGAUACUGGACACUCCUCCCAGCCGGUCCCAGAUUCGGUCGAAGCGGAUGAAAGUGAGGCAGAUCCUUAA